GGCUCGGGCUGGGGGCGCGGCCUGUGCCGGCCGCCCCACCCUCCUUGCAUAAAAGCCGGAGCCCGCGGGGCCGGCGCUCUCAGCCCGUCGGUUCCCGAGCGCCUUCCCGGUGACCCCACAGUGGGUGUGUGAGGGGAGGACGGACAGACCCACCAGACGCCGCCGGACCAGGAGGACGCUGACGAGGCACCAUGCGUGAGAUCGUGCACAUCCAGGCGGGCCAGUGCGGCAACCAGAUCGGCGCCAAGUUUUGGGAGGUCAUCAGUGAUGAGCAUGGGAUUGACCCCACUGGCAGUUACCAUGGAGACAGUGAUUUGCAGCUGGAGAGAAUCAAUGUUUACUACAAUGAAGCCACUGGUAACAAAUAUGUUCCUCGGGCCAUCCUCGUGGAUCUGGAGCCAGGCACGAUGGAUUCGGUUAGGUCUGGACCAUUCGGCCAGAUCUUCAGACCAGAUAAUUUCGUGUUUGGCCAGAGCGGAGCCGGGAAUAACUGGGCCAAGGGCCACUACACAGAGGGAGCCGAGCUGGUCGACUCGGUCCUGGAUGUGGUGAGGAAGGAGUCAGAGAGCUGUGACUGUCUCCAGGGCUUCCAGCUGACCCACUCUCUGGGGGGCGGCACGGGGUCCGGGAUGGGCACCCUGCUCAUCAGCAAGAUCCGGGAAGAGUACCCAGACCGCAUCAUGAACACCUUCAGCGUCAUGCCCUCACCCAAGGUGUCAGACACGGUGGUGGAGCCCUACAACGCCACCCUCUCUGUCCACCAGCUGGUGGAAAACACAGAUGAAACCUACUGCAUUGACAACGAGGCCCUGUAUGACAUCUGCUUCCGCACCCUGAAGCUGACCACCCCCACCUACGGGGACCUCAACCACCUGGUGUCGGCCACCAUGAGCGGGGUCACCACCUGCCUGCGCUUCCCAGGCCAGCUGAACGCAGACCUGCGCAAGCUGGCGGUGAACAUGGUGCCCUUCCCCCGCCUGCACUUCUUCAUGCCCGGCUUCGCGCCCCUGACCAGCCGGGGCAGCCAGCAGUACCGGGCGCUCACGGUGCCCGAGCUCACCCAGCAGAUGUUCGACUCCAAGAACAUGAUGGCCGCCUGCGACCCGCGCCACGGCCGCUACCUGACGGUGGCUGCCAUCUUCCGGGGCCGCAUGUCCAUGAAGGAGGUGGACGAGCAGAUGCUCAACGUGCAGAACAAGAACAGCAGCUACUUCGUGGAGUGGAUCCCCAACAACGUGAAGACGGCCGUGUGCGACAUCCCGCCCCGCGGCCUGAAGAUGUCGGCCACCUUCAUCGGCAACAGCACGGCCAUCCAGGAGCUGUUCAAGCGCAUCUCGGAGCAGUUCACGGCCAUGUUCCGGCGCAAGGCCUUCCUGCACUGGUACACAGGCGAGGGCAUGGACGAGAUGGAGUUCACCGAGGCCGAGAGCAACAUGAACGACCUGGUGUCUGAGUACCAGCAGUACCAGGACGCCACGGCCGACGAACAAGGGGAGUUCGAGGAGGAGGAGGGCGAGGACGAGGCGUAGAUGCCCCGCGAGACGGGUUAGGGAAAGCGGAGGAGGAAAGCGAGGGGGUGGGGGGCUCCCCGGGACGAUACCCUGGCAGUCGAAGGAAAGAAGCAUGGUCUACUUUAGGUGUGCGCUGGGUCUCUGGUGCUCUUCACUGUUGCCUGUCACUUUUUUUUCCUUUUUUUGUAAUAUUGAUGACAUCAAUGUAACAUUUGAGAUAUUUCUGAAUUACUGUUGUAAUGGCUAAAAUCACAUAAACGUUUGUGUCGGAA